AUGACUCCAGAAAAAGACUCUGGGAUUGGAAAAUUUAGAGCUGUUGUGAUCAUUGCUCAACAAAGAAACGUAAUCAUAAUUCAUAGAGCUUGUUGGUUUUUUACAGAUGAUCCCUAUGGUGGCCAGCAGUACCGGAGGCAACAAAAUGCUCCCCCGCAUGCAGAUCAAUAUGGUGCAGUGCCUUCAAAGCCCACUCCUCCACCAGUUACGGCAUGGCGACCUCCAUCACCAGCACGCUCCCCUACGCCUCCAAUGCCACCUCCUCCACCACCUCCGCCUUUCAUGAGCAGCAGUGGAGGUUCUGGCUCUAAUUAUUCAGGUUCUGAAAACCCACUUCCAGCACCCUCACCUGGUAUUGCGUUAGGUUUCUCAAAAAGCACAUUUACCUAUGAGGAAUUAGCAAGGGCAACGGAUGGCUUCUCAGAUGCAAACCUUCUUGGACAAGGUGGUUUUGGGUAUGUGCACAGAGGAGUCCUCCCAAAUGGGAAGGAAGUAGCAGUCAAGCAACUGAAGGCUGGAAGUGGGCAGGGGGAGAGAGAAUUUCAGGCAGAAGUUGAGAUUAUCAGCCGCGUUCAUCACAAACAUCUUGUCUCAUUGGUUGGAUACUGUAUCUCCGGGACAACAAGAAUGCUUAUUCACUUAAUUCUCACUAUCUCCAGGUAUUUGGCUCCCGAGUAUGCUUCAAGUGGAAAACUCACCGACAAGUCAGAUGUUUUCUCUUUCGGUGUUAUGCUUUUGGAGUUGAUUACUGGACACAGACCAGUUGGAUCUUCUUUCGUUGAGGACAGUUUGGUGGACUGGGCUAGACCUUUGCUUACAAGAGCUUUGGAUGAUGGAAACUUUGACAGUCUGGUUGAUCCAAAGUUACAAAAGGAAUAUAACCACAAUGAGAUGGUUCGCAUGGUUGCUUGUGCUGCUGCUUGUGUGCGACAUUCAGCACGACGUCGACCACGAAUGAGCCAGAUAGUCCGUGCUUUAGAAGGAGAUGCAUCAUUGUCUGAUCUCAAUGAAGGAAUGAGACCUGGACAGAGCAAUAUUUACAGCUCUUAUGGAAGCUCAGACUAUGAUACAAGCCAGUACAAUGAAGACAUGAAAAAGUUCAGGAGGAUGGCAUUGGGCACACAGGAAUAUGGUGCUAGUAGUGAGUACAGUGAGCCUACCAGCGAAUAUGGUUUGUACCCUUCUGGAUCAAGCAACGAAGGGCAAACUACCCGUGAAAUGGAGAUGGGAAAGAUGAAGAAAAACAGCCAAGGUUUUAGCUGAACUUUGACCUCUUGACAAUACUAUACCGCAUUUCUUUGUAAAGACCCCAUCCCCACUUCUUUUUCGUACUAUGAUUUGGAAGUCACAUUGAUUGCAAAGAUUGGCAUGUUUUUCAUGAGAUAACACACAAAUUUUUAUCACCCUAAUUUUGAAAUUAUGGGUUUUCAUUGAUUUGUAUUUAUUAGUGAUUCACACAGUAAAUAAUGGAUACACUUUGCUUGAUUCUUUUAUUUGUUGUUUAAAUGUUAAUAUCAAUUUGGUUUGCUGAAA